AUGCUCUUCAACGCAUUGACAGUUCUUUCUAUCAUCGCAAGCGUCCAUGCCGCAGGUCGUGCGAUCGUUACCAACCAAUGCCCCGAGCCCAUCUAUCUCUGGUCCGUUGGUGGUAGCAUAAGUGACCAACACAUCGUCAAUCCUGCCACAUCCUACAGUGAAUCCUUCGUCACUGACCCGAAAUCUGGAGGCAUUGCGAUCAAGAUAUCACCAAUCGAAGGCGGUAUUUUCAAGCCAAACGUCAGCCAAACGAUCUUCGCGUACAACCUCGACGUCAACCAGAUCUGGUACGAUAUGAGCGACAUUUUCGGCGACGGCUUUGCCGGAAGUACCAUGACCCUCAAGCCGACGGAUUCAACGUGUGAGAGCAUCGUGUGGGCGUAUGGAAAGCCGCCCGCUGGUAGUCAGGUCAAGAACUGUGGAGCUGAGACGGAUCUUGAGCUGACAUUUUGUACCAACCAGUGCUUGCCGAGUUGGUCUCCUUGUGGAAGAAACGCGCCGCCGGGUGAGACGAGGACGUGCUGCACGCAUUGUAUUGGCGAUCACCACUGUGUUGCUGCACCCAAUUAG